AUGUCCGGUUCGCACUCCCCUCCACGCGCUCGACCGGCAUCGCCGCGACGUGCACCAUCGGCUUCGCCAGCUCAGCCCGACACCCCGCAUGCAGACGCCUGCGAGUUCGACGACUUGAGCGUUCCAGACCCCAAGGCCACCCACGAGGAGAAGGUUCGCUUUUACCUCGCCCAGCUGGAUCUACCAGACGGUUUUCUGUUCGGGCAAGACGACUCGCUUCGCAACGCCGACGAGCUACGCGCUAAGUUAGGAGAGCUCAGGCGUAGAGGUCGCGCUAUGCGUGUCUGGCUCAAGGACAUCGAGAGCGUGGCCCGCGAAGAACGUGCGAGGAAUGACGCCACAGAAGUCCGUCGAGACGCUCUUUCGGCAGAGCUCGCUAGGCUCCAGGAGGAGCUCGCUCAGGCUAAAGCUGAACUCGCUCAGGGUAAAGCUGAAAUGGAUGAGAAACUCCAUGCUCUUCUCGACUCGGCGUUUGGCGCUCUCCCCUAA